CCUGGCGGCCUUUCGCGCGCCUUCCCGCUAGAAAUGCCGUUCGUUGAGCUGGACACGAACUUGCCCGCCGGCCGUGUGCCCGUGGGACUAGAGAAGCGGCUCUGCGCGGCCACUGCCGCCAUCCUGGGCAAGCCUGAGGACCGCGUGAACGUGACGGUGCGGCCCGGCCUGGCCAUGGCGAUGAACGGCUCGGCGGAGCCCGGCGCGCAGCUGCUCGUCUCCUCCAUCGGUGUGGUGGGCACGGCCGAGGAGAACCGCGGCCACAGUGCCCGCCUCUUCGAGUUUCUCACCAAAGAGCUGGACCUGGCCCAGGACCGGAUAAUUAUCCGCUUUCUCCCCUUGGAGCCCUGGCAGAUCGGCAAGAAGGGGACAGUCAUGACCUUUUUAUGACUGGCAUGGAGGGCAUCCAGGGCAUCGGUGAGCUGGCAGCUCCUUCCAGAGAGGCCUCCUGGCAGAGUGAGGGCCUGGUGGAUACCAGCUUCUGGCACCCCCACGUGCAGACAGGCCUGUGACCUCACGGUCCUCUUCCCCAUCCUUAUGACAAAUAAAUGAAGAGCGUUGUCUCUCAAACAUGA